AAUUGUCCAAACCACCCUAUUUCCCAACUCUACAAGAAAAAAAAAACUGCUUCAGAAAUCAGAUUAAGCGGUACUCUACUUCUACUCUAUUCUUCUUCGUUCUCAGCUCAUGGCUCUAGCAAACACCGCCCUCUUCGCCUCCGCCUUCUCCGCCCUCGGCCGAUCCAGGAUCGCCCUCUCCCACAUUCCUUCUCCUCUUCCUCCUCUCCACCUCACCACGCCUUCCGAGCUCCUCACUCGCUCCGAAAUCCUCCGCUCCUUCUCCCGAAUUCGGGGUGUUGUUGUGCAUGCUUCUCCCAAUGGUCCGAAUGCUGUUGGUCCAACCUUUUUGACAUCUGAACAAGAUGCUGAUUACGAUCCAAUGCCAAUUGUGAUGAUAGAUCAAGAUUCAGAUUCCGAUGCAACCAUUGUACAGCUUAGCUUUGGGGAUCGCCUUGGAGCUCUGAUCGACACGAUGAGAGCAUUGAAGGAUCUGGGACUGGAUGUGUCAAAGGGGACUGUUGCAACUGAAGGUUCAGUUAAGCAAACAAAAAUGUAUAUUAAACGAUUAGACAGUGGGCGCAAAGUUGAGGAUCCUGAUAUGUUAGAGAGAAUUCGACUUACUGUCAUCAAUAAUCUGUUGAAGUAUCAUCCUGAAUCUAGUCGGCAACUUGCAAUGGGUGAGGCCUUUGGAAUUCAAGCUCCUGAAAAGAAGCUUGAUGUUGAUGUUGCAACUCAUAUACAUGUGAAGGAAGACGGACCUAAGAAAAGCUUGCUCUACAUAGAGACUGCAGACAGACCAGGACUGCUUGUUGAAAUCAUCAAAAUCAUUGCUGACGUCAACAUUGACGUGGAAUCCGCAGAGAUUGAUACUGAAGGGUUGGUGGCCAAAGAUAAAUUUCAUGUCAGCUAUAGAGGGGCGGCACUCACAAGUUCAUUGUCUCAGAUAUUAGUGAACUGUUUGCGUUACUACCUCAGGAGGCCAGAAACUGAUGUAGAUAGUUACUAAUACCAGAAAAGGAAAAAUAAAAAAUCCAUUUGGCGAAAAACCAAUAUAUUAGUUGUUGUUGCUGCUGUUGUUGUUGUAUUAACUGAUUCGAGCUGAGAAUGAGGUGUUGUUUGUGUGUUUUCAGGAUUCUGAGUCGAUAUGCCUUAUGCAUGGGAGGGGGUGGGGGUGGUGCCAUGAUUUAUUCUGAAAAUCCAAUAUGCAACUACGAAUAUGUAGUAGAAUAGGAAUGGAUUUAAAAAUGUGCUUUGCCAUAACUGUUUAACUCCACUCAACUAUCACCAUACACUCCAAAAAUGUGGGAGUAUGAUAAUUCUUAAAA